GUCCAUUUUGUCUUGAGGUUGUAAGAUUGACAAUGUAUGUUGCUAUUGAGGAAUAUCCCGAAUAUGGCAAGCCACAAGUGUUGGUUCAGGCACGUUGGAUACCGGAAGAAACUCGACUUGAGAUUGUAUCUCUGUUGAUGGCAAAGUUUGGUGAAAAAGGAGGACCAGUAGUAUAUGAAAUGACAGAAUUUUGUCGAGAAAGGCUUCAGGAUGUUUAUGAUAGUUACUAUGGCCAUCUGUCCAACGAAGAAGAAGAGAAAGAGGAAAAGCGGCCCCAAGAUAUUUGUUCUACUUUGGAAGAUCCUAAUUGGCAUGAUAGAGAAGACAAUAGUAUUGAAGAAUGGUGUGUAGGUGAAGUAGUGAUGGAUCGAAAGAGUAUAUUUCAGGGGCUAGUCAUUGAAGUUGAUGAUGAAAACAAAGUAGAUAGUCUUUUGAAUGCUUUGCAUCGACACCGUAAGAUUGGUUCAGCUACCCAUCUUAUUGCAUCUUGGAGAAUAUUGACACCUCAUGGCCAUUUGAUUCAAGAUUGGGACGAUGAUGGAGAAAAAGGAGCAGGACAGCGCAUUUUGCAAUUACUUGUCAAGCGUGACAUCCAAAAUGUAUUAUUGGUAGUCUGUAGAUGGUUUGGGGGUAUUUUAUUGGGACCUGUUCGUUUCCAUCUCUUUUUGCAUCGACCAUUGCUUUGGAUGCAUUUUGGCUAUGUGGAUCCCAACAUUCCAUGGAUGGUUGCUUUGUUCGGCGGUUUACGAACUGGCAACUUUUGGAAAAGCCAUCGUCAUAGGAGAGUAAAAAGUUUUAGAUAUUCUGUUGGUGUUGUGAAAAAGUUUUGUUAUAUGGAAAAUACACGUGAGAACGAAAGUUUUUCUUGUCCAGAGUUCGAAACGUUGAAUUGUACUUUUCAAGAACAAUAUUUGGAAGCCAACGGAAAAGCAAACAAUAUCGGUUGGGACUCUCCUUACGGAAGUGUGAUCAAGAGAACUCCUUUAUUGGACUUGUUGCGUCAGCAAUUGAAGAAAAGUCGGCUAGAAAAGAUGGAACAGACUCUUAUGCAACGUUGUGGCUCCAUUCAAGUGUUGUUUGAGAAUUUGCACGACCCACAUAAUGGAGCAGCUUGUAUUCGUACUUGUGAAGGUCACGGUAUUCAACACGUCCACGUGGUAGAAGCCUUUGAACCCUUUCAAUAUGCAGAUGGAGUUGCCAUGAGUGCAGAUAAGUGGAUGACCAUUCAUCGCUAUAAGAACUUAUAUGAUGCAGUGGAAACUUUAAAACAACAAAAUAUGGUUCUCAUUGCCGCUUGUUUAGACCCAGAUGCAGUGCCUAUUGACCAAGUUGACUUUACAAAAUACUCUCGACUUUGUCUCUUGUUUGGAAAUGAAGAACGAGGUCUUAGUAAAGGUAUUCGGCAGUUGUCAGAUAUGAAAGUAUACAUUCCAAUGGUAGGUUUUACACAGAGUUUCAAUCUUUCGGUGUCAUGUGCUAUGUUCCUUUAUCAUUUGAAGUUACAAGGCUGUAUCCAACCCAAUCUGACACAGGAAGAGAUGCAAGAGUUGUAUACCAAAUGGUUAGUGCGAGGCUCCAGAAGAGCAGCUCAUCUUAUAGAAAAACAUCGUUUUCAUUUUCCAGAAUUGUAGAAAUAACUCGACUCGUUAUUCAAGGGAACCACUUGUAUGGAUUCCUU